GAUAAACUUCGUACAACAGAAAAAUAAUAGUUAGUUUUUAAAAGUAAUCGAUAAAUAUUUAUUAAUGAUUUCUAUUAUUUUAUAAUAUUUUACUAACUAGAACUUAGUAAUACAAACAUGUACACUAAAGAUUAUGUUUUAGCGACCACUACAUUUUACAACGAUGAAAAUGGUACAGAAUUGGCGAAUUUUUUUUCAUUGAGGGAUAAUCAAUCUAAAGAAUGGAAUCAUAAAAACUCUGUAGAAUAUCUUCAAAAAAUUGCUGUAGACAAUGAACUAGAUUUUGAAAAUGAAAUCAUUUUACAUCUAAACGUUUUGAAAUCAAUUGGUGAAAAUAAAUAUGAUGAAGCUUUCAAAGGACAAUUGGCAAUUUUACAAAACAUUGUUAAGUAUCUUCAGGCUUCAGAUAAUGAAAACUGGAUGGUGCCACUUGCGAAUACAAUUUGUGUAGAUCUCAGAUACCUCUUAAAUGCAUUUGAUAAAUUUGACUCUUCCAACAAAAAACAAAAAUUGGAAAGGUACAAUGAUUUUCAAAAAAAAUUCAUAGAUAUAAUGAUGAUGUAUUUCCGUAUUUGCUCAGGGGAUAUACGAGCUCCAUCACGCCUAUCCAAACGUUGGACAAUAAUGUUUAUUGUGAAUCAGAUGCUAAAAGUAUAUCAUAAGAUCAAGAAAUUUCAUUUGACGACAGGUUUAACAAAAACCAUUUUUAUGUGCCCAGAUAAAAAUAUGUUUCCGAUUGCACAUGUCGUCACCUUUUAUUAUUAUACUGGCUGCAAAGAUAUAUUUGAAGGAAAAUUUAAUGAUGGUUAGAAAUAUUAUUUAUUAUUUAUAAUAAAAUA